ACACUGAAAAGGUGAGAAUCGACUGUUAAUGUUAAACUUAAAACGAACACUGCAAGGGGAACAGACCUGAUUUAAAUACCUUUAAAUUAUUUUUGUAACAUUUACUUGUAAUGGCUGGAAACAUAAAGGACAAAGAAUUGUACUUAAGGCUGAAUUACCUCUACCAGGCUGCUCAUUGCGUUUUGUCCCAAAACCCUGAAAAUGUGGAGUUGGCUCGUUUCUACUGCUUUACGCAACGGAUCAUUGCGAAACGGCUUGUUCUUCGACAAGAUCCUUCCAUCAAAAGAACAAUCUGCAAGAAGUGUUAUUCUCUGCUUAUCCCGGGCUUAACGGCAACGACCAGACAACGAUGGAAAAAAGGCAAGAAGCAUUUUACGGUGAUGCGCUGUCUCAGCUGUAACCAUAGCAAGACGCUCCUCAACAACCCGGAUUACUGUUUGUGGCAGGAUCGACCGGAGGCCCAACUACAACAAAAUCAAGCAGAUGAAGAUUCUGUCGGUAAAUGUCAGCCCAAAAAGCACAAACCUGACAAGCCAGAUUGUUCUCAAGCCAACACAAGUUACACCACUACCACGUAAACAAGUUUAUAAAAUUAUUUUCUUGUAGUAUAAUGAAAAAAAAACAAGUGCAAUUUUAUUUGAGACAAUUUUAUGGUUGUUUAAGUUGGCAAUGGUAAUGUCUAGAGAUGAACGAUAAUAUCGGUCACCGAUAAUUAUCGGCCGAUAAUGGCAAUUAUGACGUCACACAGAUAAUCCAGAUAAAACGAAAUUCAACCGAUAAUGCAAUCCGAUAAUUAUAUACUUGAUUUAGCCUUCAAAUGUGCGCAAUCAACAGUUUUGUCCAAUUCUGCUAGUUUUAAGGAGGUGGUUUUGCAGUGUAGUAAUGUGAUAUAUGUUAGGAAUGGCUUACUUUUAAAGGCAUUUUUGUGCAACUUGGGUGUUUACUCUCUAAGUAAUUGUUGCCAAAAGCUUACCAUUACACAACGUCAUUGCCAUUGUUUAGUUGUUGGAAUUUACUACUUGUACACAUUUGAUGUGGAAAAAAAUAGCACUAAAUUACAUUUUUGCACAGUAACAUUUGAUCCUUGCAUACUUUAAAAUUUUACAUACAUAUUUGAAUAGAAUUAUCGGUUUGACAUUAUCGGUUAUCGGGUGGAAGGGGCAGGAAAUUAUCGGUUAUCAAUAUCGGUUGAAAAAUGCAUUAUCGUGCAUCACUAGUAAUGUCAAUUCUGACCUUUUAGAAAGUUUUUUUUUUCGUGUGCAAGAUUUCUGUAUCCCUGCCAGACAUAAGUACAUUUUCAUUCUGCUUUUCAAUUUUUGUAUUUUAUUUUCUCGAAAACCUGCAAAAAAAAUUGGCAUUGCUCCUCUAUGAAAUUAAAUAGCAAAUGUGGUUCAUUUCUUCUUUUCUUUUUCUCCUUUGCGCACCCGCAAUCGCGUCUUGUGAAAAUAGAGCAGGUUCUUGGCAAAGAUCCUCGGGAUGUGACCCAUGUAUAAGAGGAGGGCGACCAUCAUCCCUAGAAAGCAAAAGCAUUUUUAUCUUUAUUUUACAUGUCCAAUCACAACCAUUUUAUACAAAGUCAUUUUUACACUGAUAGACAUCAAUUCCAAUUGUACUGGGAUGUCUAGCAUUGAGUGAUCAUAUUUCACUGCCAUUGACGACACUAGACAUCCAAUCCAGUUUGUUUGGGAGGGUUAGCAUGUACGGAUUGCAGUUUACCUGUGAUGGGGGCCAGCCAGUAGACCACAGCAUACUCGCUGAAGGUGAAUCCAGUACAGUUGAACGUAAGCCCGUAAGCUAGCGACGGAUUCACGAAAGCUGACGUGUGACUUUUGGCUGCAAAUGGACAUACGGACGGUUGUUAGUUUGUCAAAGGUUAAACGAGAAAUCUUCAUUUUUGAGGAGACAAGAAGGUAAAAGCACAAUGAUUGAAGAUGCUUUCGGAUUGGAUUUUGCAACCAUAUUCUCAAAUUUUAAGGAAGUUUUUAAAGACUUUAACUCAUUGACUGCUAUCGACGGCGCUAGAUGUCCAAUCCAUUUGCUCAUUCGAUGCCAACCCUCCCACUUCAAAUGGAUUGGACGUCUAGUGAUCUACUAGUAAUAAACUAAUUUAAAUAAUUAUCUUGCAUACCCGUGUGUGAGAGGAAGGUGAGCAGCAGGGCUCCAAGCGGCACCCGUAUAAACGCCGUCCUCCGUCUGAGGACUAGGUGCACCAGGUGAAAUAGGAAAGCACACACCCCCUCGGUGAAGAAGCCCUGCAAGGGUGACACCAGCAGCGACGUGCUGCACUCCCUGGCCAUCAGGUUCUUGAUCAUGUGCAUAUCUGUCAGCUCCAAGCUCCAGUAGUACUCUGCUGCCACUAUGGCCAAAUGCGCCCCAAGGAAGUGGCAGACCACGGCCAGGACUGUGGCCAGCGCUGCAGCGUCAAGCUGGAGGAACCUCAUGACGCUCAAGCAGGGGUUCCCUGUAAGGUCGCCGCAGACGGCACCGUGGACCAGCAGCACCGACAACAAAAUGGUCAGAGUCACAUCCGGGCCCAAACCCCCGGCCCACUCGCCAACCUCCACAAUGGUUUGCACCUCCAGCCGGCAUGCCACCAGCGCGAAGGACGACGCCAGCUCAGACAGGAAGGCCAACCGUGGCCACUUUUUGAGUGGCGCCUGCAGCAUUGCAGCUAGAGCCACACAUGACAGAAAGUAGCCGAGAGAGGCGUUAAGUCCCGACAUUUUCAACCAGGCUUCUCUCUGUUCUGACAACGUGGCGCACUCAAAGAAACAUGCUUCUUAUCUGACACGGCAGGCCACUGACACCUGCCAAAAUACACACGGGCUUUUUUGCAAGGUCAGGUCAGCGAGCAGGUUACAGAAGUAGCUUCCAACAACUGAAACUGAACAAUUCUUAAGCAAUCUAUUCAUUAAGAACCAUUUGAUCGCCAAGUCCAAUAUCCUUUAGAUAGUAGUAAAGAUAAGGUGGCCAAACAUCCUCUUUUGCCCAGACAUGUCCACUUUUUACAUCCUGUCCGGGGCGUCCGGUGGGGUUUUUUUUAAUUCAUGAAAUUGUCCUGUUUUCCAAUUAGCGUGUAUUGAAAUUGACUGACUCUUUGCACAGAAUACUAUGGUGCUGUGCUGCCUGUGUUGUGUUCCCAGAAAACCUGCCCAGUGGUUGGUUCUGCUGUGCUCAGUAACAGAAAACAGACGUCAUAGCAGUGUUCCAUUGUCCCCCAAACUGCUAAAACAAAAACAAAAAAAACUAAAUUAGUUAAAUUACUAUUGUGUGAGGCUACGGCUUUAUUUACAUUACAGUAUUGCACUGGAAAGAGAAAAGAGCGUUUUUGUUAAAGCUGGAUUUUCUACAGAAGAGUUCUUAUUUAGAACAUUAUUUCAGAUUAUUUAUUUGUACAGUCAGAAUAGAAUACACAGCUAUAUUUUUGUUCAAGGAUGAUUCACUAAUACAGAAGUCAUUAUUUUUUAAAAUAAUUUGUUUUGUCUUUUUUUUUUUUUUUUUUACGUUAUUGUUCUAUUAUUUUAGGAAUAAUGAAGCCAGAUGAGUAACCUGAGAAUUUGAAUUCGUGUCUUUGGUUGUAUUGCUAUUACUUUGUUAUAAAACUGAAUUUUCUAUCCAGACGGAGGAGGCAAACUUCAAACAUAUUAAAAUGAUGAAGCAUCUUUGAGUGAAACAUUAGUAAAAUUUAAGUAUCUCGAUGCUGGGCCGAGUCUUUUUUUGGGGGGGGAAAUCAAAAUAUGGUCUCCCUAAGUAAAGGUAGAAGCGUUGUAGUAGUAUUAAGUAGCCUAUUUGUCAGGUAUUCACGAUAAAGAUGUAUUUCAUUUUGUACCAUCAGUUAUUUGAAGGUUUGAGGAGAAACUGCGACACCUAGCAGUGAACUGAAAUUACUGCACUUGCCUAAUAAUUUAGGUCUUCAAGCAAAAGGCUUCCUGGAUAAAAGUAGUGAGAUUUUUACUAAAUUUGGGUCAGUAAAAAAAAUGAGGUAACAGGUGUCAAUUGGCUAUAGCUUUUGAGAUACACUAUCUGGCCGAAAUGUUAAAAUCCAAGCAAUGUAUUUGAAAUGUAUUGCAUAAAUCCUGGUGGUUUGGAAGUGAACCAAAUGCAUUCAUGUAGAGACA